AUGCUGCCGCCAGAAAUUCUGGGGUUUAUCAUCGAGAAGCUGGACGAUGAAGUUGAUGUCCGAGCCUGCGCGCUCACCUACCAACGCAUGCUCCCUCACGCGCGAACAUCAUUCUGGAGGAGGAUGACGCUCGUGAAGGACGAGCACAUACGGACGGUCCUCGAAUUGCUCGACCACAUUCCCGAAAUCGCUCGUUACAUUCGCAAACUGCACGUUCAUACCUACCUUUCCCAAUCCGGACCACCGACUGCGCCUCCAGUAGGGAAAGAUGGGACUACGCAAAAUCAUAUGCGCGAUCUGCUGCUGCGACUUACAUAUCUUGACGAGCUCGCUCUCGCCAGUUUGCCCAGGGGUAUCAGCAAACACGAAGCAAAAGAUUCAAUCUACGAUCACCGAGUCUCAUCUCUACGCGCUUUCUUCCAUCCUUCGCGCCCAGAAUGUAAGGGUCGUCAGUCUGACGGGCUGCAUCUUUGCGUCAUUGCAUGA